GGGGGGGCCGCUGAGGGGGGCUCCGAACAGCCCCUGGCAGCGGCUGCGGUUUAAUUGCGUGUGAUUUAAUUACUCUAGAUGCAGUUUAAUUGGCUCUCCCGGUGCCCUGCGUGGCAGGAGCCGCACUGGGUGCUGCCAGGCUGAAACCCAGCGUCCCCCUGCCCUCUCCAGGCCAGAGAGCAGCGCCCGGUUAUCUCGUUAUAAAUUCAGGCUGAGGGCACCUCGCGGUCAGGCUUUAUGCCCAGAACACACACACACACACACACAAGGUGUGGGGCUUUUUGGCAUCUGAACCACCUAGGUGGCCUAUUCCCAGAGCACCGGCCAGAAAGAGCAGCUGAGCCGCUGCAUGCAGCGAGGGAUCCGGCGGGUCCAGGAUCUCUGUAAAGUCCUGCAGCUCCCAUCGGUGUUUGAGGAAACGGCCGUGGGGUACUUCCAGCGAGCGCUGCAGCACCCCGCCUUCCACCUGGUCAGCCUGGAGAAGAAGGAGCUCCUGGGGGGCUGCUGCGUCUUCGUGACGUGCCGGCAGCACAACUGGCCGCUGACCAUGGGCACGAUCUGCUCCCUGCUUUAUGCCAAGCAGGAGCUGUUCGCCGGCGUCUACCUGAGCGUGCAGAAGGAGCUCGGCAUCUCUGUGCCCGCGCUGAGCCUGGCGGAUCUGGUGAAGACACACCUCAGCAGCUUCCACCUGUUCCGGCGUGCCGAGGACGUCCCUGCCCCGUUUGUGGAGGACGAGGAGCGGGUGGUGGCCCGCACGCUGCAGGUGGUGGAGCUGGCCAGCGAGACGUGGCUGGUCACGGGCCGCCACCCUGUCCCCAUCGUCACGGCCGCGGCGUUCCUGUCCUGGCAGUCCCUGCAGCCCGCCGCCCGCCUCGCCUGCUCCUUGGCGCGGUUCUGCGAGGUGGCGGGCAUCCCCCUGCCCCCGCCCGCCCACCUGAGGCUGCGGGAGCUGCACGAGAUCCUCCUGAGGAUGGCAUCCCAGCUCGCCUGGCUGCGGGUGUUCCACUUGGACAAGAAGACGGUGGUGAAGCACCUCGGGGACCUGCUGCAGCACCGCCUGGUCCUGCUGAAAAACGCCUUCAGCCUGCAGGAUGCGGAGGAGCAGCACGGGGAAGCCCAGGGUGAGGGAUCUGCCGGCUCUCCUCCAGCAGCAGGGCCAGGACAGGAGGAGGGCUGCCCUUUGGAAGGGAAACGCCAGUGUGACAGCAGCCGGAGGCCCCUGCUGCCACCCUGCCUCAUCCAUCCGAGGAAGAGGCUGCGGACGGCAGCCCUGAGCGAGUCGGAUGCUGCCCUCACCGGGGAUGAGCCCAUCUCGGACAGUGAGAUAGAGCAGUACCUGCGGGGCCCCCAGGAGCUCCGCGCCUUCAGGAAGGCCAAGGCGUGGCAGUGAGGAGGGCUGGCAGCAGGAUGGCCCGGAGGGCAGUGCCACCGGGGCACCAAACUGGGACCAAACCACAAAACCUGGUGGUAAACGAGCUGCUGGACGCUGCGGGGACAGUCGGUGGUGGAAAUGGGCCUGGGGGGGAGUAGGGUGCGUCCUGACUCAUGUUCUGGACCAAAACGGGUCUUUUAAGGAGCUCCUCCUGCUUUGGGGUUUGUUAUAUUUUGUUAAAUACAGAAGUACAGGAAUGGUU